UCCAGACAUCUUCCUAGAAAUAGUCAUGGCGCAUAACCCAGAGCCUCUAACAGAGACCUCGGUGGUCAAGUUCAAGAAUCAGGACUUCAGGACUUUACGGGAUCGGUGCCUGGGCCGGGGUCAGCUGUUUACAGAUGAUACAUUCCCGGCUGAGGCAUCUUCCAUAGGCCAGAAGCUGCUCAAGGGCAAACACCUUUCAAAACUGGAAUGGAAGCGACCACCGGACUUAUCAGAGGAUCCGCCUCACUUCAUCCUGGAAGGUGCAAGCAGAUUUGACAUCCAGCAAGGAAGAGCGGGAGACUGCUGGUUCCUGGCGGCACUGGGCUCCCUGACCCAGAACCCACAGUGUCUGCAGAAGAUCCUGAUGGACCAAAGCUAUUCACACCAGUAUGCUGGGAUUUUCCGGUUCCGGUUCUGGCAGUGUGGCCACUGGGUGGAAGUAGUGGUUGAUGACCGAUUGCCUGUCAUAGGCAAGAACUUCCUCUUUGUGCAUCCUCGCAGAGGCAACCAGGAAUUUUGGCCCUGCCUGAUGGAGAAAGCCUAUGCCAAGCUGCUUGGCUCCUAUUCCCAGAUCCACUAUGGCUACCUUCCCGAUGCCCUGGUGGACCUCACGGGAGGCGUGGUCACCAUUGUCAACCUGCACUCCUCCCCUUCUGACCUCCUGAUGGCGGUGAAGACGGCAGUCAAGGCAGGCUCAAUGGUGGCCUGUGCCACCCCAAAGGGGCUGACGGAUGAGUCGGAGGUGAUGGAGAAUGGACUGGUGAGCCAGCACGCCUACACAGUAACUGGAGCUGAGCAGAUUCAGUACCAGAGGGGCUGGGAAGAAAUCAUCCGCCUUUGGAACCCCUGGGGCAACACAGAAUGGAAAGGGCGCUGGAGAGACGGGUCCCAGGAGUGGGAGGAAACCCACGACCCUCGGAAAAACCAGCUGUAUGAGAACAAGGAUGAUGGCGAGUUUUGGAUGUCAUGUCAAGAUUUCCAAGAGAACUUCUCAUGCCUGUUCAUCUGUAACCAGAUCCCCAUCACCCCGGAUCAUGGAGUCACACCCAAUGAAAGAUGGCGCCAAAUGAUGUUUAAGAACCAAGUGAUCUCGGGAAACAUGGCAGGAGGACAUGCGAGAGAUACUCAGUAUCUCUUUGGUGUUCAAGAGCCCACAGUCGGCAACAAUGUUGUUGUGGCCUUCACAAUCAUGUCACAGAGCCUGAACACAGAAGAGGAGAUAUUUCCAUUACAGUUCCAGGUGUUCAAGUUCCAGCAGUUCCAGGAGAGACUGCCACCCGCCUUUUUCUCCCCAUUUAGAAGUGCCGCCCAGGGCAUAGACUAUGUAUCCAAGUGCAACUUCACCAAGUCCUUCCACCUGAGCCCCGGGACCUAUGUAAUUGUCCCCUCGGCACACCGCAAAGAAGUUGAGUUCCUGCUCCGAAUAUUCCUCAAAAUGCCAGACAAGGACAGGAACCCGAGCAGCAGUUUCAACCUCAGAGCCCUUAAGGGAAGUCUUUCAGAAAAUGGAUCCCCAAAAAGCAUUUUCUACAGAUACGUGGAUCAGGGGCUGGACAUUGAUGCCACCCAACUUCAGAAACUUCUCAACCAGGAGUUCCUGACAGGGUCUCCAGGGGACACUUUCUCCUUGGACCAGUGCCAAAGCAUCGUGGCUCUGAUGGAUCUGAAGGUGAAUGGGCGGCUCGAUCAGGACGAGUUUGCCAGACUAUGGAGUCGUCUUAUCCACUGCCAGCGUGUUUUCCAGAACAUCCAGAGGAGCCCUGGAGUUCUCCUGAGCUCAGAUCUGUGGAAGGUCAUAGAGAGUACAGACUUCCUUUCAGGAGUCUUCAUCAGCAAUGAGCUGCUGGGUCUCAUGAUACUCCGCUACAGUGAUAAAUCUGGCCUGGUCAGCUUCUCCAGCCUUGUCUGCUUCCUGAUCCGACUGGAAACCAUGGCAAAGGCAUUCCGCAACCUCUCCAAGGACGGCAGAGGAGUCUACCUGACAGAAAUGGAGUGGAUGAACCUAGUCAUGUAUGGCUGAGGUGAGGAAUCCAGCAGAGCCCUCUGGACCAGGACGAGCUCCUGGUGGUCACUCAAGGAACUGGCUUCCUCCUCCAUGGCGCUGUGCCGACCUCCUGUGGCAGGUCUGCAGCUAAAACCUGAUCUUGGAAGUGGAGUCAAAGAUGCCUUUCAAGAGCUUGGGCUGAGUUGCUAGCUGAGUCAGGCUCCGGUAAACCCAAGGACGUUAGGUCAUCAGAGCACUUUCUGACAUCGGUAGGCGCGUCCAGGAAAACAAAGCAGGAAAUGUCCCCUGUGGGAAAGAAGGGAAGGAGCCUACGCUACCAACUCACAGAAUCCAUCUCUUGGAAAAAGCAGACUGACCCAGUGUAUUCAACCCCCAGGUGCGCAUUGGUGACCCAGGAAUGGUCUAUUCAGUGUCAUUUAC